CGGCAUACGACAACACUACCUGUUGGUGUUCUGGGAAUUUCCAAUGUCCCGCUCUCAAGUUUUCCAAACAUCCACACAUCCACCAUGAAGAGUGUCGUAUCUAGGGAGGCUGGAAAGCUUCUAUGCCGCUACAACACCGCUCAAAGGGCUUCCAUCUCACUGUGCCGUCGGACAACAGGUUACUUAACACCAGGACCGCAUUCUCGCAAGAACUUCCACAGUACGCCAAGUUUGAAGGUUGUAAAGCCGUAUCUUCUUGCAGAUAUUGGGGAAGGCAUCACAGAAUGUCAGGUCAUUCAGUGGUUCGUCAAGCCAGGCGCACGAGUUGAGCAGUUCGACCCCAUAUGCGAAGUUCAGUCCGACAAGGCGUCAGUCGAGAUCACAUCGCGGUUUGACGGCGUCAUCAAGAAGUUGUAUUAUGAGCCAGAUGAUAUGGCCAAGGUCGGAAAGCCUCUUGUGGAUAUCGACAUUCAAGGCGAGAUUUCGGAAGACGACGCUGCUCUUCUCAAUGGAAAGACGGAGGAUGUAGCGGAGCCGCCCACUUCGCCAGACGCCGAACAAAUCGUUGAAGUUGGGAGCAAUGACACAAAAGCUGUCCCGAUACCCUCUCCUUCGUCCUUACCUUCGCAAACAACGAUAGAACAUCCGAGCGGACAACCCGAAGUACGAAAGCAACCCGGGAAGUUUGCAACAUUAGCUGUACCGGCAGUCAGACAUCUAGUCAAAGAGUUGAAGCUCAACAUUGAAGAUAUUGAGGGUACCGGCAAAGACGGACGUGUCACGAAAGAGGAUGUAUACAACUUCGCGCAGAAGCUGAAGGAAAAGGCUGCGGCGACAACUCCAGCUACCGCUCCUGCGCCUGCUCCGGCACCUAUACCCGUAGGCGAAGACUAUGUCAAGCCGCUGACGCCCGUACAAAACGGCAUGUUCAAGCAGAUGACCCGUUCUUUGUCAAUACCGCACUUCCUCUAUAGCGAUAGCGUCGACAUCACCGCUCUGAACGCCCUUCGUAAGAAGUUCAACUACGGCAAGGAGAAGGGUCAGCGUCUCACACCACUCCCGUUCAUCAUCAAGGCGGUGUCCUUGUCGCUUCAACAGUUCCCCAUGCUGAACGCGCAUUUGGACACAACCACAAAUCCGGACAAGCCUCAGAUGGUUAUCAAGGCCCAGCACAACAUUGGCAUCGCAGUGGACUCGCCCUCAGGGCUCCUAGUCCCUGUCAUUAAGAACGUACACUCUCAUUCAAUCGAGUCUCUCGCCGCAGAGAUCGCACGACUGAGCAGGCUCGGUCGUGAAGGAAAGCUCACCAACGCAGACCUGAGCGGAGCAACCUUCACUGUCAGCAACAUUGGUAGCAUUGGCGGUGCAGCGGUAUCUCCCGUAAUUGUCAGUCCCCAGGUCGGUAUUCUCGGAGUGGGUAAGGCAAGAGUGGUACCAGCAUUCGGGGAGCAUGGAGAGCUGGUCAAGAAGGAGGAAUGCGUAUUCAGCUGGAGCGCGGAUCACCGCGUUAUUGAUGGAGCGAUGGCGGCAAGGUGUGCGGAGUCUGUGAGAGGGUUCCUGGAGAAUAUAGAGAACAUGCUCGUUAGAUUACGAUAGGGUCUAGGUAGAUGAAAGGAAGAAUUUAACACUU